UUGAAUAGAAAGACUGAGAUUUACUGGCACGAUGCGGAUUCGUCUGUACUGUUGAGCGGUUACUCGCUUCACGACGAAGUCCUGGCGAUGACUGUUUACGAUCUGGUUUGUUUUGCGUCUCGCAACUACGUUCAGCUCACGAGUCUUCUUUAUACGAUGCAGUCGAUGUAUUGGACUUUUCGGCACACCUCUGACCGGUUGAAAAUCUUCGUCGACGUCGAUACGUGCUCCUGCGAUGCGGUGGCCAAGUACCUUCUUUCUUAUUCGAUAUGCUCGUUGGAAUCGACUGGUGAUUGUUUGAACCGCAACACCGAAACGUUUCUGCGCUGCAUGCUUCAGUGCUAUUUCGCUGCGUUUCAGUCUCAUAUGACGACAGCGGAGGUGCCCCGUAUUCUGUGGGACUUAUACGCGAAACACUUGAAUGACAGCUUUUUCCUUGGUCCCGAAAUCGGCGAUAUCGCUGUGCUUCCCAAAAACCCGCGGCAGUGGCUACAAUCAGUGCAACGCAUUGGUAGCCCCCGCCAACUUGACCUAUCGUUGAACAGUUUCGAAAUGUUCCUGGCUAUUUUGGCAUCGCACUGCAACAUCAGAUCAGCUUCAGGCGUGAAAGUGUGGAAUCAAAUGAAAGGACGCAUAUUCACCAAGUUCUACGCUCGUAAAGUUGAAGAAUUAUCUGAAAGAGGAUUGUACAAUGUACUCUCGCUGUUCCUUGUGCUGGCACUACAUACAGUGAAUGGCCGCCGCGGCGGCAUUCUGGACUGCAGUUAUGCUGCCGAAGAACUUUCGCAGCGGACAUUCGGAAAUAAUGUGUUGCAUAGUCUGAUCUUCACGACCGCAGUCAUACUGCGGGGUGGACUUCAUCUUUCAGCGGUGGAGCGAGUCAAGUCUAUGCCAGGGGGUUCUGUGGUCGGAUUGGAGAUUAAGUCUUUGUUAUGGACAGCUGUAGCGUCCACUCUGCUCGCCACCAUUCCUCGAGAAUCAGACGCGGUGUCGUUGCUCGUUCCCAUGGUGGGUGGCGUGAUUUCAGGCGUCGUGCUGGUGAGUGUUGCAGAACACGAUGGAUGA